AUGCUGCGGUGGGCGUAUAUUUUGCUACUUUGCCCUCUUGUGGUUCUUGUCGGAACGCAGCAGCAGCCGCAACAACAGCAGCAGGCCCCGCAACAGCAACAGCAACAACCACCGCCACCACCACCCCAACAGCAACAUGCUCCUCCGCCACAACAGCAGUUCCAGCAACAUCCUCCUCCGCAACAACAACAAUUCCAGCAACAUCCUGCUCCGGCACAACAACAAUUCCAGCAACAUGCUCCUCCGCCACAACAGCAGUUCCAGCAACAUGCUCCUCCGCAACAACAGCAGUUCCAGCAACAUCCUCCUCCGGCACAACAAUUCCAGCAACAUCCUCCUCCGCAACAACAGCAAUUCCAGCAACAUCCUCCUCCACAACAACAGCAAUUUCAGCAACAUCCUUCCCCGCAACAGCAGCAGCAGCAACACCACCAGGCUCAACCACAGUUCCACCAACAACAGCAACACCCACCAGAAAUGAUGGGUCAGCAUCAUCCACCACCACCGCCGCCAAUGGUUGCACAUCAUCAGCCCCUAGAGCUUUCCGAUUCUGACCGUGCGUGGUACGAUACUCUGCCGGCGGUGGCCAUGGACUACAAGGUUCAUAUUGAAGCAGGUAAAGAGGACUGUUACUUCCAAUACGUGCGGCAGGGCAGUACACUGUACGUUAGCUUCCACGUGAUCCGAGGUGGCGAUGGAAUGGCCGGAUUCGCCGUACGCAAUCCGCGUGGUGAAAUCGUCCACCCCUACGAGUGGCAAGCUUCUAGCGACUACACAGACGGCGCGGCUAUGGGUGGAUUCUAUGCCGUUUGCAUCGACAAUCAAUUUUCACGGUUUGCGAGUAAACUGGUUAAUCUCUACAUCACCGUCAUUCGCUAUGAGGAGUGGGAAAAGUUCACCAAAGAGAUCGAGGAUCUGAACGUGAACAUGAACAACUUUACGAAUACCAUCUCGACGGUGGAACGCAACAUGAAUGCGAUGUUCCAGUAUCAGGCGCAUUCGCGCAACAACGAAGCUCGCGAUUAUGCACUUAUUGUGGACAACAAUGCCUAUGUGUGGAAGUGGUCUGUACUGCAGAUUCUGGUUAUCGUUUUCACCACCUCGGUGCAAGUGUACUUUGUGCGCAAGCUGUUCGACAUCAAGACGGGCACCAGCGGCAAGAGCCGUAUUUGAAACUAUGUACGCUGUGCUGCUGGGUGACCGAUGUGUAAUUUUUCAUUCCGUCUUCGGGUUUGUGUGUUUAAGCGAGAUGUUGCAGUUCCCGGACCAUUUCUGCCUCAGUUCUGGUCGUUAUGAGCAUCGAUCAUGUUGAGAAGAUAAGGGAAGCCAAGCGAGAGAGUGCCCGCGGACCAACAAGACUUUCUUCCAUAAUUUUGUGAGAUGUUUUGAUCUCUUAUGUGCGUAGCCAUUAUUGCGCUGAUAGUGAAAUUGUAGGAAAUACACGCAGCACCUCAAUUACAGCCGAGAGAGCAAAGUAUUUAGGCACGAUGACGACUGUUAAUUUUUCUACUCGUACUUUAGUAAUAAACAAAUUAACGA